AUGGCGAUCGCAGCGACAAAGACUGUAGCCUUCAACAAGGGCGCAUCCGUUCAGGAUACGGCCUUGGCCAAACACGAUCUUUCUCAAACGGAAUGGCGAAAGGCAUGGGGUAUCGACAAGAAUGCUCAGAUCCGACUCGUUCGGCUCGCUUUUAUGCAGUAUCAGCAUCCUGACCUCGAGGUGGUCAAAAGGUUCAUGCUGGACUUUGGAAUGACGCCUGUGAAGACUACAGAGCAGGAUGUCUGGUUCAGGGGGUAUGGUAGCGAUGCGUAUGUGUACCAUGCACGUAAAGGCUCCAAGGCUUUCCUUGGAGGAGCUUUCGUGGCGGAGACCUUCCAGGACCUGGAAAGGUACGCCAUGAUCAAGGACGACACCCCAUUGCUUACGAACGGAAUCGAAAAGAUGGAUCAUGCACCUGGUGGAGGCAGUAUUGUGACCAGCACCGACCCCGAGGGAUUUCCUCUCAGUCUAGUAUAUGGAGAGGAUCAGAGGGAGCCGGACGAGAUGCCUCCCGAAAUUCUCAUGAAUGACGAAGUGCGCAAACCUCGUCAACGCAAGUUUCAGCGGUUCACUGCAGGACCAGCCACGGUAUUCAGACUUGGCCACUACGGACUGGUCGUGUCCGAUUUCGAACGACAAUCCCGAUUCUACGCCUCAAACUUCAACCUCGUACCAAGUACCCUGCUUCACGUCGAUAUACCAGCGACCGAAGGAGAACCACAGCGAAUGUAUGUGGCAAUGUUCUCCCAUAUCGAUCGUGGGACUGAGCUCGUCGACCAUCACUCCUUCUUUCUCGCCCAAGCCGCUCCAGGAGGCGAGACGCAUGUCCAUCACAGCAGCUUCGAGAUCCACGAUCUUGACAGUCAAAUGAUGGGUCACGACUGGCUCAAGAAGCAGGGCUACCGGUUGGUUUGGGGGAUUGGUCGUCACAUCGCCGGCAGCCAGAUCUUCGAUUACUGGCGAGACCCUAACGACUUCAUGGUGGAGCAUUAUAUUGAUGGGGAUAUUGUGAAUGAAGAUACCCCUGUGUCUAGGGAUCUAGCAUCCUCUGCUCAGGAUGCUGCUUGGGGUCCUGAGGUCCCCGACGACUUCACAAGGUAG